AUGACAUACUCUCUUUCCACGCAUUAUACGGACCAGGGACUCCUCGAUGGGUUCAGCUUCUUUACCAGGAGGGACCUGAGUCAUGGAUUUGUCGACUACCAAAGUCGAGCCAACGCGGAGGCUCAAGGGCUUGUGUCCGUUGACGAGUACAACCGGAAGAAUUUGUUUUCUGCGCACACUCUCUCAGGGUGUACAGCUCCAAGUUCCGUGUUUAGUGGAGAACAAGGCCCAACGAACUGUGGACCUGGUAAUAACAAUGCAGGGUGCAACUAUGCAUCCCUGGGGAACGACUCGUCGUAUGGCGAUGCCUUCAACGUCGAGGGUGGCGGCGUUUAUGCGUUAGAGUGGAACUCGGACGGCCUGAAAAUAUGGCACUUCACUCGAUCCAAGCUCCCGGGUGACAUCGUCUUUGCGCCCAUCAUUCACCCUGACCCGUCUAGCUGGGGUCCUCCUCAAGCCUUUUUCGGCGGGUCUUCUUGCGAUACUGACUCUUUCUUCAACAUGAGUCUGGUCAUCAACAUUAACCUAUGUGGCGAUUACGCCGCUAAUGUAUGGGGCGUCACGGACAAGUGCAAUGAACUCGCCCCUGGUUGUGAGGAAUGGGUGGCGGGACACCCCGAGGCUCUCCUUGGAGCCUACUGGAAUGUCAACUAUAUUGACGUGUACCAAAAGGUGGACACAACAAAUCCAGCCCCCUUCCCAAACACAACCAUUUCCCCGACUGCCACCGGGAUUUCGUCUGCAAUGCCCCUGAACACAUCAGCUCCAGCCCCUACCAACACCCGGGUCGUCACCCCUCACUACAUUGACGACGACCCCCAUCCCGGCCGAGUCCGGCGGCGGGCUAAGCGGUCCAGCCACCAUUGA